AUGGCUCAGUUCAGUUGUAAAGCUCAGAAACCUCUCGGCCAUUGCCCGAUUCUUCCAUCUUCUUGGCUUCUCGCCUUAUUCCAUCUCGUUGUCCUAGACGCCAUGGUUGCCCGCCCACGCCGCCGCCGCCGCGGCUCCGCCGACGGCGACGGCCUCACGGUGGGGCUAGGCGUGCAGUGGACGCCGCCGUUCCGCAAGCUGCCCGCCGGCGCCGAGCCGCGGCCAGGCACGCUGCAGCUGUGCGCGGGGAACAGCUGCCUGGUCUUCAAGAUCGCGCAGGCCGGCGGCGCUGUUCCCCGGAUCCUGCGCCGGUUCCUGGCCGACGCCCGCGUCACGUUCGCCGCCUACAACGUGGAGUCCUACUGCCGGAAGCUCCGCGCGCACCACGGGCUGGACGUGGCGUCGACGCUGGAGCUCCGCAGCGCCGGGGAUGGCCUGGGCAACGCGCCCAUGGCGGAGAUGGCGAGCCGGCUGCUGGGCAUCCCCCGUGGUCGCGUCGAGAAGCCCCCGUGGAUCGCCACGAGCGAGUGGGACGGGGAGAGGCUGUCGUGGGGCCAGGUGCGCUACGCGGCCGCCGACGCCUACCUCUCGUGCCGCCUCGGCGAACGCAUCCGCGGCCGCCGUGUCGUGCAUGCCGUCGAGAGUGAAGACGAGUACGAGUCAAGCGACGACGGUGACGAGUCUGGGGAGAGUCGGGAGCAGGAGGAUGCUGACGACGACGCCGACGGCCGGUGGACGCAUCGGUUCGUGGGGUUCAUUGGAGUGGGAGGAGGAUGUGUGGACGACGAAGACGAUAUGUGCCUUCCUUAUGAAACCCCAGCUUUCACCCUAUACUAG